UAUUUCUGUUGUUUUUGCUUCUUAAUUUCAAUCUCCUUCAUUAUUGGAUCCAUCUGCGCCAGCCUAACGCCACCGAUUAAGACCAACAUCCGCCGACGACGUCCUGAAAUUAGUUUGAAUGGCUGGUGGUAGGGGAAUUUACCACUUGCUGAGGGGCAGACUCCAUUCUCAUUCCACUGCCCCUCCAGCUUUGUCAUCUCUGAUUCUGAAGAAAGAUCAGGAUGGAGCUGGAUCUGCUGGCAUGAAGUCACUGAGGGCAGUUGCUCUCCUGGGAGCAGGUUUAUCAGGGCUUUUGAGUUUUACAACUGUUGCAUCUGCUGAUGAAGCUGAGCAUGGUUUGGAAUGUCCAAGCUAUCCUUGGCCUCACCAAGGGAUUCUCAGUUCAUACGACCAUGCUUCGAUUCGACGUGGUCACCAAGUGUACACACAAGUAUGCGCAUCCUGCCAUUCGAUGUCCUUGAUUUCAUAUCGCGACUUGGUGGGGGUGGCAUAUACAGAAGAGGAAACAAAGGCUAUGGCCGCUGAAAUUGAGGUGGUUGAUGGUCCAAAUGAUGAGGGUGAGAUGUUUACACGCCCUGGCAAGCUCAGUGAUCGAUUUCCCCAACCUUAUGCAAAUGAGCAAGCUGCUAGAUUUGCUAAUGGAGGGGCCUAUCCUCCAGAUUUGAGUCUUAUUACCAAAGCUCGUCAUAACGGACAGAACUAUGUGUUUGCGCUUUUGACUGGCUACCGUGAUCCUCCUGCUGGUGUUUCAAUCAGGGAAGGUCUUCACUAUAAUCCUUACUUUCCUGGGGGAGCUAUUGCGAUGCCUAAAAUGCUUAAUGACGGUGCUGUAGAAUAUGAAGAUGGUACUCCAGCAACAGAGGCCCAGAUGGGAAAAGACGUCGUGUCCUUUUUGAGUUGGGCUGCAGAACCAGAAAUGGAAGAAAGGAAACUGAUGGGAUUCAAGUGGAUAUUCGUACUGUCAUUGGCCUUGCUUCAAGCCGGUUACUACAGGCGUAUGAGGUGGUCUGUUUUGAAGUCCCGUAAGCUCGUUCUUGAUGUCGUCAACUAGAGCUCUCCUCCAACAAGAAGAGGACUUGAAAUGACAAAUAAUUAUUUCUGUUAAAGAAUUCCUUGCAAUUUUUUUGUACUAAAAUUGGUACACAACCAGUCUUUUGGUUCUUACAGUUUUGGAAUUUUGGGGCAAUUAAUAAGGUGAUUUGGUACUGUCUGCUU